GCCACUACAGUGCUGUCAGCAGGACGUGAGAGGACAGAGAGCAACAGAGAGAAACGGAACAACAGUGAGAGAGAGAAAGAGCUCAUUCACUUCAACCACAGCUGACUCAAAAAUCCCACCACAGUGCACAGCAGGUUGGACAAAGAGCUCUCUCCCUGUCUCUCUACAUGAAAAUGGCCCCCACCACUCUAAAUAAAUACACAGGCUCCACAGGUAUCCUGCACCUCCUCCUAUUAGGACUACUUCUGCCAGCAGUAUUAGUGUCGGGUCAAAAUUCCACAUCAACCCCAAAUGUCACCACUGCAGCCAUGACAGUUAACAGCACCACCGAUCAGCCCUCGACGACCAUGAUGCCUGAAACCUCAGCAAACACCAGCAAUACCACCUCUGCCCCCUCUGUAGCCACAGCAAACGCUGUCAUCCAAUCUCCGACCAUCAGCACCAAUGCCGGAAGCACAGGAGCCUCUACCUCCCAGUCCCCCACUGCCACCUCUGGAUCUGCAACAACUUCAUCCACCACACAAUCCCCUAUGACGGCCGCCAAUGGCACAGCAACCACCAUCCUGUCCACCAACUCCACCACCUAUGAAGGUACAGUAAUUACCACCCAGUCACUCACAACCACAGCAACCUCCGGAGUCUCAGCAUCCACCAUCACCACCUCCGGAGGCACAGCGAAUCCCACCACCACCCAGUCGCCAACAACAUCAAACAUCUCCGGGGGCACAGCAAAUACCACCAUCACCCAGUCCCCCACAACCACAACCUCCUCCGGAGGCGCAGCAAAUACCACGACCACCCAGUCAUCCUCCACCAUCAACGCCUCUGGAAGCUCAGCAUCCAUCCCAGACACCCAGUCUCCCACAACAACCAUCAAUUCAGGAGGCACAACACUCACCAACUCCUCCACCCAGUCAUCCACCAUCAACACUCAGUCACCCUCCACCAACGCCUCUGGAAGCUCAGCAUCCAUCCCAGCCACACAGUCUCCCACAACAACCACCAAUUCAGGAGGCACAACAAUUACCAACCUCUCCACUCAGUCAUCCACCAUCUACACUCAGACACCGUCCAACAACACCUCCGGAGGCUCAGCAUCCACCACCAUCCAGUUUCUCACAACCACAGCAACCUCUGGUGGCUCAGCAUCCACCAUCAUCCAGUCUCUCACAACCACAGCUUCCUCCGGAGGCACAGUAAAUACCACCACCACCCAGUCAUCCUCCACCACCAACGCCUCUGGAAGCUCAGCAUCCAUCCCAGCCACCCAGUCUCCCACAACAACCACCAAUUCAGGAGGCACAACACUCACAAACUCCUCCACCCAGUCAUCCACCAUCAACACUCAGUCACCCUCCACCAACGCCUCUGGAAGCUCAGCAUCCAUCCCAGCCACACAGUCUCCCACAACAACCACCAAUUCAGGAGGCACAACAAUUACCAACCUCUCCACUCAGUCAUCCACCAUCUACACUCAGACACCGUCCAACAACACCUCCGGAGGCUCAGCAUCCACCACCAUCCAGUUUCUCACAACCACAGCAACCUCUGGUGGCUCAGCAUCCACCAUCAUCCAGUCUCUCACAACCACAGCUUCCUCCGGAGGCACAGUAAAUACCACCACCACCCAGUCAUCCUCCACCACCAACGCCUCUGGAAGCUCAGCAUCCAUCCCAGCCACCCAGUCUCCCACAACAACCACCACUUCAGGAGGCACAACACUCACCAACUCCUCCACCCAGUCAUCCACCAUCAACACUCAGUCACCCUCCACCAACGCCUCUGGAAGCUCAGCAUCCAUCCCAGCCACACAGUCUCCCACAACAACCACCAAUUCAGGAGGCACAACAAUUACCAACCUCUCCACUCAGUCAUCCUCCACCAACUCCUCAGGAGGCUCAGCAUCCACCACCAUGGAAAAUAUCACCACCCUAUCCCCCACCACCACUGCAACCUCCGGAGGCACAGCAAUCACCACUACCACUAAAUCCCCCACUACCACCUCCGGAGGCUCAGGAUCCAUCAGCUCUCAGUCCUCCACAAUAUCUAACAUAUCUGGAGUUAUAGCAACUACCACCAACCAAUUCCCCAACACCACUACCACCUCUGGAGGCAUAAAAAUCACCAUUACCCCCCAGUCUGCCACAAACAUCAACACAACAACCAGUGCCAAUUCUGCACCUUCAACAUCUAUGACGUCUUCUAAUUCAGUCAGUGUUGCAAUUUCAGGAACCACCUCUGCCUCCUCCACAGCUGGUUCUACAGCCAUGGCCCAGUCCAGCAACAUCACCACAACCUCGGGUUACAUGAAUGGAACUUCAUCAAACUUUAACUGCCCCUCAUUCAGCUGUAACUACUCAGACUGCUACACAAUGUACACCAGUCAAAAUGCCACUUCAUGUGCUGCUGGUUGCUAUUGUCAGCUGAUAAGGCAGAUGGACAUGUAUUACACUGUGAGCUGCAGCGACACUUGUGCUGCGAGCUGCGUCAAUGCCUCCCAGACCAACUGCUCUGAGAAGUGCUGCAACUUUACUGACUGCCUCAGCGGCAAUUUUGCAUCCAUGAUGACGAUGAAUGCCACCACAGUAACUGCAACCGCAACACAAGCAACGACUACAACGACCACACAAGUCAGUUCGACUGCUGCAAUUAACGGAAACAAAUGCCAUCAGGGUGUAUGUACCGGCACAACUUGCUACACAGCUUUCAUAAGUGCAGCCCUACAAAGCUGCUCAUCCUCACAGCCACACUGCCAGCUCAAAAAGGAGACCUUGGAGACAAAGUUGCAGUGGACGGCAGGUUGCAUCGCCAACUGCUCUGGCCAAACCUCGUGCACGGCCUCGACGCAACCUUCGUGUCAUCUAGAGUGCUGCAACGCCACCGCAACCUCCUGCCUGUGGCUGAAUGGCACGCUGAAUGUCCCCUCCUACGCCACGAGAGGCGCUCAUCUUCACACAGGGCUGAUUUCUUGCUUACUUCUACUGCUUGCCUUGGCUUCGAUGCUGUGAGUAUGAGCUGGCUCACUUGCUGCGUGGGUCGUCAGGUAACCAGAGCUCUGUGAAACUCCCAGUCCUUUUCAGAAAUAAAGCACCAUUUCAUACAUCUCAGUGAUAUUCAUGUGAUUGUACUGUACAUAUGUACUGUAUAUAUAAAUGUAUGUAUGGGACUAUGUAAAGAUUUCAUUUCUUGUGUUAUCAAUGCUUCCCCUCAUGUUUGAAAUCAGAUUCAAGACCAAUGAAAAAAUGGCUUUGAACAGCAUAUCUAAAUAAGAAAACAUAUCAAGUUCAAAUGUUUUUGUCUUCAUAAGUAACAAAAUAAGACAUCAAAACAAAACUUUUUUCUUCAGAUUAAAGUUUAAAAAACUUUAAAUUGUUCACUUUAAGAUGUGAAUUAUUUUCAACGGUGGCUUUUAAAGAAAAUAGCACAAAGCCUAUUUGGUUUAAUUGACAUAUAAAUAGACGGUAUUAGAAUAUUUUCUUUCACUUUCAUGUUGUCUUUGUGUAUAUGAAUAGUAAAAUAAUAUUUGUAUCAAAUGAAAGGAUUGAACACCUUGUUUUAGCCAUGACCCUGUCCAUAACUGUGAUUGAAUUCAUGUCCCGUCUUCUUGAAGAAAGUUUGCUCUGCGCCUUCCCACUGUCAACUGAUUGUGAACAAAUCAGAACUUUGGAUGGGCGAGUGAGCGGAAACGCAACCUUGCGUGGAUCAGGUGUUUGAAACCAUGUUUGAUUUUCAUCUUUUCAUCAAGCCAUUGUGAGAGUAACGCAGCUACGAGUCUAUAUGCACUUUAUGAAACUCAAAGGUUGAGCUGUCAAAGGGUCUUGUGAAGGUUCGCUGAAGAAUUUCUGUAAAUGUAAUCACAGUGAGAUGUGCAAUUAAGUGCUUUGGCUACUUUUUGUCAAUUUUUUUUUUGUGAAUCGUGAAUUGGAUGUCUGUGUGGUGUACAAAAUAUAUAUUUUUGGGGUACAAUGGUGUCAUGUAAAUGUUAAAUGAAAUCAGAAAGGUGUCUGUUUAUUCUAGUUUUGUGUACUGUAAAAUAUGACAAUAGUGCCUAAAAAAAUAUAUCUGAUAAACUAUA